AUGAGGAACCCAGAGAAAGCAGGUCAAAGGGGCUGUACACGUUUUACAGCUUCACCUUCUCCACAGGAACGUCAACGAUUCUGCCCCAUCCCUGCCUGUGAAACCACCAAGAAGGCGGACGGCCUCUCUGCCGUUGCCCACGUGUCCUUCUCUGAGUCCAGCGUGGCCAGCCUGGCUGUCCGGCUCCUCCUGGCGGUCUCCGUUCCACUGGUCCUGUGUCCUCUCCGCCGCCUGCUGAUCGUCUCCCUCGGGGGCCAUCACGACCAGCAGCUCCUUUCUCCCGCUCUACGUUUCCAAGGCAGCGGCUCUGUUUCUGUCCAUGUCCAACAUUCAGGUGCCAGCAAAGUGGCCGUGGCUGCCUCCCCUGCGGGCCACUCGCCUGGCCCUGGGGCCCCUUUCCAGGGAGCAGCCUUCAGCUCGCACAGCUGUGGCAGCCUGGUGAAGAUGAUCCUGUGCCGCUACAAGAACAUCUGGAAUGUCAACCUGCAGUUGCGUCCCAGCCUCAUUGCAGGGAUCAUGAAGGACAGUGGAAACCAGCCCCCAGCCAUGCUUCCACGAAAAGGCAAAUACUUGCUAAAUGACAUCAGUCGUCUGGCCAAGCAAAUGCAAAUUCCCCUCCAGGUGCCCAAGGAUUUCUUCUCUGUGAUUCUGGACAAAGGAAGCUUGUCAGCCAUGCGCUUCCUCACUGCUGUGAACUUGGAGCAGCCGGAUAUGCUGGAGAAAGUGUCCCGAGAACUCUGGAUGCGAGUCUGGUCACGGGAUGAAGACAUCACGGAGCCCCAGAGCAUCCUGGCCGCUGCACAGAAGGCUGGCAUGUCUACAGAACAAGCCCGAGGGCUUCUGGAAAAGAUAUCAACACCCCAGGUGAAAAAUCAGCUCAAGGAGACCACCGACGCAGCCUGCAAAUACGGGGCCUUUGGGCUGCCCAUCACCGUGGUCCAGCUGGAUGGCCAAACCCACAUGCUGUUUGGCUCGGACAGGAUGGAGCUGCUGGCACACAUGCUGGGAGAGAAGUGGCUGGGCCCUGUGCCUCCAUCUCCAAGUGCCAGACUUUGAUGCCCAGAGGAUGAAACCAUCAGCUUCCCCCGCUCCAAGGCGGGACACUGGCCCCCCAAUUUCCCUAUCUGACAGCGGUGGCCCUGGGGGUGCUGGGAGGGCAUCAUGGAUGGUGACUCAGGCUGCUCCACCUUCUGUGCCUCACGUGUGCCUUCAGAGCCUCCGAUUCAGCUUCCCCACAAUAAACUUUAUGCUGCCACACACGG